AUGACUACAAGAAUACUCCUCUUGCUACAUCCAACCGUGGUAACAGAUCAACACCUAGUGGAACAGAUCACGUCGCAGAUUUCUGCUAGUCACACGGCAUACACAUUGGACCAACAGAUUAUCAAUCGAGUCACACAAGGAGACGUGACGCUAGAUCCCGCGGCAUACAAUGAAAUCCACUAUAUAAACCGCAACGAAUCGCAGUAUCUUGAAAUGCCCAUUCUGUUGAUCCGGUUAUUGUACGACUUGUUACAGGACAAGGGGAAAAUCAUGGGAGAUUUGCCAAAAGACCAGAAUCUAGACGCGUUGAUGCAAGGGUUCAUUGUCCAAGACGAUGGAUCGUGGUUGAAACCGGCUCCAGUGACAGAGACAGUGUUGUUGAAACCAAAAAAGAAUCUAAACUAUACCAUUAGCAAGCAAGAGACGGGCAAGAAGUUGCCCAUGUUUAAAAAACUCGUGGCGGCUUCGAGUCCUUCGCCACCGGGGUUGACUGAUUCAUCUGCGCCAAACACCGACGAGGAAAACGACAAUGGCGGUAGUGGCGUGAAACGGAAGUUGAUUGAGACGAAGUUGACGUAUUUCAGCGACUCGCUGUCCGAUGAAGAAACCGGAGGAAAAGGCGAUGACGACGAUGACGACAACGACGAAGAAGAAGACGAUGAUGAAGUUUAUGUGGAUGAAAACGAACUUAUAGCUGGACUCAAGUCUGAUAACCUCAUUGUACCCAAGAAAUGUGAAUUGCCCAACGGCAAGAGGCGGAGAAAAGCAUGCAAGGACUGUACAUGUGGACUCAAGGAAAUUGAAGAGCAAGAAGAGCUGUUGCAAAACUCAAAACAAAGCGCCAUCUUGAGUAGAAUGGCCCAGCUGGCGAAUGCUGAAGCUGAACGAAUCGAACAACGAUUGCAAAAGAGAAAUGCCGAGAUUGUCAAGUUCAAGGAAGAAGACCUAACUGAAAUUGACUUUACCGUCAAGGGCAAGACGGGCGGGUGUGGUUCGUGUAGUCUUGGUGAUGCGUUUAGGUGCGACGGGUGUCCAUUCUUGGGAUUGCCUCCUUUCAAGCCGGGUGAAGUCAUUACUUUGGAUGGAAUGGAUGAAGACAUUUAG